UGUUAAUGCGUCAUCAGUCUGCGUGUAACUAAAGAAAAGAGCAAAUACCGUGCAGUAUCUGCUAAAUUAUCAAAGAAUUAGGGAUUUAAGUAAAGCAGCAGUAUGUGUGAAGGGCCCUCAGCAAUCUCUGGUCCCAUUCCUCCAGACCCCACACUGUUUCCUGAAUAUUACAAACGCCCGUUCUCUGCUCGUGGUCGGCUGGAGGGAAACGCUCAGAAUGGCUCGUCUCCUCUUCUGAAGGGUCCUUUAGCACCAGAUCCUGGGUGUUACAGCGCCCACUCUACCCCUCGACCCCGCAUCGGUGCCAAUGCUGCUCACAUCCUGGAGAGAGGACAGAGAGGGGUUGUGGGAGACCUGCUGAAGCUGGAGGGAGUGGCGCUGAACCCCAGUCCAGCCAAACCUAAACCUGCCAUACGGGAUUUUGGUAAAGAAAAUGUGCGCAAGCUACGUGAAAUCCAAAAGCGUUUUCGAGAGCUGGAGGCGCAGAGAGAACAUGCCAAACCUAUGCCAGUUAAAGCACUCUGGAUCUCUCCAAAAUACCAGGAUGUUCCCUCCAGGGUAAUGGCCCAGUUACAGGAGACAAGCCCUCCUAAGAAGCUCGAAUGUCAGAACUUCCUAAAGGCUCAUUCUGUGUGUGGCGCUGGCAGUCGACUGCCGCUCCGCCGCUCAGAGAGUGGACCAUCACCAGCAGCAGGAGACUCAGAUUCUGAGAUGCACGUGAGAGGACACACGGUGGACUUUGUGAGUCAUAACGCUCGUGCCGCGGGGAAGACGAACCUGAGGAGAUCUCAGUCCUUACAGAACCUCAGAGAAAAACCGCCACCCAGCGCUGUGAAGGGCAAAGUACCACAAUAUCUGGAGCAGAGGAAGUUGCAGUGGAAGAAAGAGGAGGAGGAGAAAAGGAGAAACACUCCUGAUCCGUCUGUUCCUGCUGGACACACGCAGAUGUCUGAAAGAGAGAGACAGGAGACCCUGCAAUCCCUCAAAGAAACUCACAGGUCUCUGGUCAGUGAGCUCCUAUCUCUCCCAGUGAAAGCCGACACAAUGAGCGUCCGCUCUCGACGCACUCAACUCGAUCAGCGUCUCUCAGAGGUCGAGGAGGCCAUCAAAAUAUUCUCACGGGAGAAAGUCUAUGUGAAAGUCGACUCUUAAACACCAUAUUCAUAUCAGGCUGUUUCUUCUGUGUUUAUAUAUUUAUUAGUUAGCAGCAGUUGCUUUUCAUUUCCAGAGUUCGCUGCAUUUAAGCGCUUAGAUAUGUGUCUAAAUAUGACACAUAUUAGUAGCAGAAUUUGUUGUUUUUUGCUAAUCAUAUUGUGUAUUCAUGCUUUGGUUAGAUAAUUAUGAGAAAAAACAGCCAUAAUCAUCAGAUUAAAAAGUCAUAAUUAUAAAGUCAAAAUUAUAUGAAAAACAUCAAAACGAUGACAUGAAAAUAGACAUUUUAUCAAAUGUUAAUCUCAUAAUUAUGACUUAGUGUGUAAUAAUUUUGAUUUUAUCUCAUAAUUAUCUCAAAAUUGACUUUUAUCUCACAUUUAUGACUUAAUAUGUGACAGCUUUGACUUCAUCUCAUCAUUAUGACUUUUUAU